UUGCUCCCGGCCUCGGUCCCGCGUUCCUUAAUCGUUACUCCGCGGGGCAGGCUUCCGCCCAGUCACAUGCGGCCCACCGGGCUCGUUCACCUUGGAGCGUGGGCCGCACCCUGACCUGCCGCCUCGGUGGGGCAGCCGGGCCUUCUCGGCCAGCGGUGCGGGCGUCUGCGCGCUCUGGGGCGUAAAAACCGCCCCGGUUGCUGCGGCCGCGCCGGCCCCGCUGCGCGUCUCCAGAGGUCCGCACAGCCGCGCUCACACGUGAGGUUCUCGAGUGCCGCUCCGCAUAACGACCGCAGACCGUCUUCACUAAAACGUUACGUACGGCUUGAAGUCACGUCGGAGCUGGAAGGACCGCAGAGAUGACAGCUAACGGGCCUGGAGCCGUCGCCGCGGUCGCGCCCGCUGCGAACGCUCGACGUGGAGGCGGCGUCUGCUCCUCCCCGCAGCGCCGUGCCGCGGCCUUCCUCGCGGGCGCGCACCCCGCCGCACAGCCCGGUUCAGCGUCCUGCCCCCAAUCCUGCCCACCCGCGAGUCACACCCGGCUGAGCCCACCUGCUGGUCACAGGCUCUUAAGAUCGCCCGCGAUGGUAGCGGAUUCCAGAGCGGCUACAUGACUUUAUUACCUUAUUAGGGAGGUAUUCCGUUUUGAACAUUUGUUGACGCGACUCUUGCACAUCAGCAUUCCUAAAUUUAAAAAAGUUGAGGACCAUCAUCUUUGGUGAUAUAUAUGCAUGGAUCUUGAUGGCUCUGAACAAGAUCCUGAGAUGAAGGAAUAUUCUUCUGUCUGUGUUGGCAGAGAAGUUGACAUUAAAAAAUCUGAAAGAAUGACAGCUGUUGUCCAUGAUAGAGAAGUGGUCAUUUUCUACCACAAAGGAGAAUAUCAUGCUAUGGAUAUUCGCUGUUACCACUCAGGAGGACCUUUACAUUUGGGAGAAAUAGAGGAUUUUGAUGGACGACCGUGUAUAGUUUGCCCCUGGCAUAAAUACAAAAUUACUUUGGCAACAGGAGAAGGUCUGUAUCAGUCUAUAGACCCUAAAGAUCCAUCAGCAAAACCCAAGUGGUGCUCCAAAGGAAUAAAGCAAAGGAUUCAUAAAGUGACAGUGGACAAUGGGAAUAUUUAUGUGACUCUUUCUACUGAACCUUUUAAGUGUGACUCUGAUUUUUAUGCCACUGGAGACUUCAAAGUAAUUAAGAUUUCUUCCUGAUAAAAUUACAUGGCAAUGAAAAAUGUUGUGUGUGUUUCAAAAAUAUUUUUAGAAUAACCUUGCUUCAGUACCAAAGAUUAAUUUUUUCAACAUAGGCACAUUUAUUACUUUUCUUUAAAAACCAUAUAUAUCUGAGAGGUUCAAAAGCACAUGUACCUAGUCUGAUAUAAGGAUUAUCAUCAGGAUCUAUAGAAAACAUUUCAUCCAGUCCUCUGGAUUGAUUAGAACCUGAAGGUGAUAGGUUUGGAAUGUGCAUUUUAAGAAGGAUGAGAAUAAUCUGGAGUAACCAAAAUGAAGAAGAGGUAAUAAGUAAGAUCUACUAACAAAAUUUGGGGGGAAAAUCCCUGUUUGAUAUAGCAGACUUCAUCAUGGAAAAGUUUUAAUAUAUACAGAGUCAAAUAAUAAACUCCCAUCACCCAACUUCAACAGUUAUCAGCAUUCUUUCAUUCUUGUUUCAUUGAUACUUCCAUGCAUUCUGCAUCUCCCCUAUUUGAUUGUUAUUAUUUUUUUUAAGGUGAAAUUUAAAUACAUUGAAAUGCUUAAAUCUUAACUGUUCAGUUUUUCCAAAUAUACAGCAGACUUUUUACACUUAAAAAAAUGCCUCCAAAAAUGGGAUCAAUUUACAUGCUGAAUUUAAAAAUAAGAAACUUAUCAAUGUGCUGGACAUCAAAACCAAAUAAACCUUGGUUCAGUUUCUCUCCAGUCAAGGCAGACAGUCUCAAAGUAAGGAAGACACAGCUGCUGCCUAGCCAUGAGCAAUGUGAAGUCUCCUAUUGAGUAAGCCAAAGUACUCUGAAUGGCAGAGUAUGAAAUUUUCAAAUAAAAGUUUUUUUAUUUUUAGAGAACUUUGUGCAUGUAUGUACAACAAUGUGUUUCAUGUAAGUGUUAUAGAGAGAAGAGAUGUGAGGUGUCGUUCCUCAGAGUCCCUUCUGCUGAGUUCACAGGCAUGGUUGAUGGUCAGUUGGUUUACCCUUUUACCACGCCAGUUCUUGAUGGCCCGCGCUGCUCUGGUUGCCUGGUGCCCACACUAUACUGUAACACCCUGGGUGCUGAUCAUCCAAAACUCUGCAGCACGUAGUAGAAUAUAAAAGUAGGUGGGGCCAGAAAGAACUAGGAUGAGCAGAUUUUGAAUUCAGAGUGAGAAAAGCUGUCUGUCAAGAUUGGAACUCAGUCUCAAAACACAGUAAUCUUCUUAGUGGCAUAGGAUUAAAUUAAGGUUCCAAACCUAAUACUUAACAUUCUAAGGGGCCCACUUAGAUUCUCUCCCUUGGUUAUUGUAAAAAUAAUAAGUGAAUACAGUAUGUAUCAUUAAGGCUCUGCUUACAGAGCCCUUGGCUACAUAUUAUUACAUUUCCUUUUCUGUUGGAAUAUGGGUAGCAUGAGCUAAUACAAUACUUGUUACUCAUUUCUCAGACUACUACUAAAGAGCCAGGGUUGGGCUUUUUAUAAAUACUGUUUAUGGCAGCAGCUACUCACCAGGAAAUGCAGCAUCUCUGGGAUGGGUACAUCCUAGCCUAUUAUAUCAGGUGCUAAGCCUCCAGUGACCAGUCAGGUCUUAACACAUGCCCAGAAUUUAAAAUGCAUGGAAGAAACCAAAGUAUCUCCUGCAAGCAAAACCAUGGCCCUGGUUUGCAGGGCCAACGACAGAAGCAUUUUCUCUCAGGAUUCAGUGGCAACAAUGAGUAAUAUGGACUUGAUUUCUGGUUUUAAAUUUGUUCCUCUAAAUCUGGAAAUAAAAAAUGUCAUGUCCUGUCCUCAUAUGCAGAAAUCUUCCCAUCAAUUUGUAAAUAAUAUUUUGUUUUAUAAAUUUAUGACAUCUGUGAAUUGCAAGUCUCUCAUAACUUUACAGAUGAGUUAUAAAAGAAUUGAUAAUAGGCAGACUCAAACUAUGCAGCCUGUAGAUAGAAAAUAAAUAUCUUUUAUCUCUAAAAAAGAUAUGUAGCAUUUUGAUAGAGAUAUUUCCCUCCCAGAUAAAUAAAGAUACUUGAAACAAGUCUUUAAUAAAAACAUAAAUGUAUUAUAAGUACAUCCAUAUUAUAAACCACAGCA